AUGUGGCGGGUUUUCCGACCUCGCGCUGGCAUAUCGAAUGCGAGCACCUUGGCUGUUCGCGCAGUCGCGCCACAAAUUCCCAGCCAACAGACUGUCAUCGUGCAGAGGGUGAAGCUUUCAAAGCCUAGAUUUAGGGCCGGAACUUUCCUCAUCGGAGCAGGCAUUUCGCUCGCUUGUUGGCACAUUUACUGGUCCACCGUUUUAAAUCCAUUCUUUCGACAUGUAGAUCGCGAAUACGAGAAGCUGUCACCGGCGGAGAAGAAGGCGCUUGACGAAGAAAUAGCUCAGGAGGAUGCCGAGCCGUGGUUCAUUCCGUUCCCCUUUACGACGAAAUCUGUCAACCAGCCGCCGUACAAGGGCAGCGACCCCGAGUGGCUAGAGUUCGUCAAACUCAGCAAACAAAAGGGGACGCAGACCCAAAUCCGCGCCGACCUUGCCAACUGGGUGAAGUCCUCGGUCGAGAGGCACCCGGUAAUCACAGCUAGAUGUGGCAACUCAGUAAGGCUUCGUAGAUAUUGGCUGGACAUCGACUUUCCAUACCGACCACCACCGGUGUUCUACUCUUCUGGAUUACUGCUGCAAGGCGAUGGAUUGUACUGGUCAACUCAGCCCGUUGACUCGUUGACCGUUAAACGCCUACAAAAGAUACUUUGGCCGGAUGCAAUUGCCGUAUCUUCAUGGGCUUUUACGAGUGCGCUAUUAAAACAACACUACAUGGAUAUUUCCCGAGCCCUUGGUUUCGAGUCAAGCAAGCCUGUUCAAACGUUUCCAUCAGUCAACGGUGGCAACAUGCAACAAAAGACUCAGGGGCCUCUUCCGUCUGCCAACAGACAGACUCCUGAUGGCACGCCGGCAGAGAACGCCUCUCACAAUGUCAGCAAGACAACGGAUCCAUCACAGGCAGACGAGCCAGAGAGCGGCGGCAAGACAAACUUUGUCAGGGACACUGCCAUAUCCCAUAUAGAGGGGAUGAAGCAAAUAACAGAUGGCCCUGCAAGAGAAUUCCGAAGGAAGCUUGCGCAGUCCUGGAAGCCCACACGACCAUCUCCUCCGCGCGGCUGCAUCCUCGUUUCAGGGUUCGUUGAAUGCGAACUACCCAAGGGCUUCGUAUUGAUCGACGUCUGGGGAUUCUGGAAUCCCAAGACGGAGACGUUUGAGACGAAAUCAACCUUUAUGAAUGUACGUAGGGUACAGAUGAAGCAACAAUCCCCUCGGCGGAGUUGA